GAUCCGACCCGUUACGUCCCAGCGGUAGUUUGCAAGGGGAUCCAAAUCCAUUCCAAGCAUCGCUCCCGUCACUCAAGAGUCGGAGACGCAGGCAAACCAAAAUUCAAGUGGAAAGCCCUCAAUUCGCAUACACACACACACACACAUCAAUGGCGGUGAUGGAGAAGUUGAGGAUGUUCAUAGCCCAAGAGCCAGUCGUCGCAGCUUCCUGCUUUAUCGCCGGCGUUGGACUUUUCCUUCCAGCAGUGGUAAGGCCCAUCCUGGAUUCUUAUGAAGCAUCCAAACAAGUUCCUCAGCCUGUUUUAAGCGAUGUUGUUGCAGGUAUGACGGGUAAGAAACAAUGAUGAUGCGGAUGACUUAAUUUCCAAGAAUCCAAGCUUUUGGACAUUUUUCAUUCCCAUUUGCGAUUAAAUAAGCUUACAAUGAUUAUGGAGAAUUAAGUGAUUCGGGCUGUUGAAAUGUCUUCCUUUUUUAUGUAUGUUACGUGUAAGCGUAUGAAUGGUUUUAGAACCAGGUUGAUUUUAUGAAAUUUGAAGUUCAUUUAACCAGGGUAAUACAAUAUAUUUCGGACUUGUCAA